UAGGAGAGCGCUGCUGCGUCACAGCACUGUGCUCUGCAGUGAAGUUGGUAAAUAAGGUUUGACCUUGCUGUGGAGAGAGGGCGGUAGAUAAACUGGAUUAAACGCUGUGUGCUGUAGUGAAGUAACAACAAAAGCAGCAGCAGGAGGGCGACACUAAACAACAACUACCCCUGCUGCUAACAUACAAACACAGUGGAGUCCUGUGGUGGUGUAAGGACGAGGCCCAGUGAAAGUUGCUGCUCAGUAGCCUCAAUAAAGUUUUACUGACCUCGCCUGUGUCCACAGAGCUGGACACACGAGCAGCAGCAGCAGCAGCAGCAGCAGCAGUACAGUCGCCGCCCCACACCUGCUGAUCGUCAUGGCAGGUGAUAUGAUGUUACUAAUGCGGGGCUUGGCUAAAUUAAGCCAGGCAGUUGUUGAGACUCAGGCCAGUACCUUGCGCAGUGGCACAGCAGUUGCAGGAGUUGGUGCUGCUGUCCAGGGCGUCCAGUCAGCAGCUGAACAAGGCUUUUCUGUUGCCAUGAUGAAGAUGCAGGAACUGUCUGGCCAGCAGCAAACAACUUCCACAGAGCAGGAAUUUGACUUUCCUCCGGAUGAAAGUGAGUUCUCAGCUUCAGAGUUUCGUGAGGAAAGCGCAGAGUUUACUGCGGAUCACUCAGGAAUUGGCACCGACACAGUAGCCUUUGAGAGCGCAGCAGCAGCAGCAGCAGCAGCAGCAGCGAGCGCAAGCCAUGUCAACGGGAAACAGUCUCUGUUUGAGGGAUACAAAGAUCCAAGCAAGCAGUUCAGUGGAGACUCCAGAUCUUACCACCAUGAUGCCAGACAUUACACUGGACGCCAUCAUCUCUACAGUCUGAACAGACACGUGGGGGGGCAACUAUGCUCUCAACAUCUGGUCACGCAGAUCAGAAGCUACCAUCAGGACCAGUCCACAGUUGGAGGUCUGACAGCGGAAGACAUUGAGAAAGCGAGACAGAGGAAGGGGCCUGAGUCUAAACCACACAAACAGAUGUUAAGUGAGAGAGCCAGAGAGAGGAAAGUGCCUGUGACACGGAUCAGCAGACUGGCCAACUUUGGAGGUCUGGCCCUUGGGUUGGGUAUUGGAGCUCUGGCUGAAGUUGCUAAGAAGACCAUGAGACAUAGUGGUGGGUCAGGGGAAAAUAAGGCAGUUCUGGACUCCAGCCCCUUUCUGUCAGAGGCUAAUGCCGAACGUAUCGUCAGGACUCUGUGUAAAGUCAGAGGAGCGGCACUGAAACUGGGACAGAUGCUCAGCAUUCAAGACGACGCAUUCAUCAACCCACAGCUCGCCAAGAUAUUUGAGCGUGUAAGACAGAGCGCUGACUUCAUGCCAAUCAAACAAAUGACGAAAGCACUGAACCAUGACUUUGGCCCUAACUGGAGAGACAAGUUGGGGUCUUUCGAGGAACGUCCUUUCGCAGCAGCCUCCAUUGGCCAGGUUCACUUGGCGAGGAUGAAGGACGGCAGGGAAGUGGCCAUGAAAAUACAGUACCCCGGUGUGGCUCAGAGUAUCAACAGUGAUGUCAACAACCUCAUGACGGUGCUGAAUAUGAGCAAUGCCCUGCCUGAUGGUUUGUUCCCGGAGCAUCUGAUAGACGUUAUGAGGAAAGAGCUGGCACUGGAAUGCGACUACAUAAGAGAAGCCAAGUGUGCUAAGAAAUUCAGGGAGCUACUGAAGGACCAUCCGUUCUUCUAUGUACCAGAGGUGAUAGACGAGCUGAGCAGCAGCCACGUCCUGACCACGGAGCUCGUCCCCGGGUUUCCUCUGGACAAGGCUGAGAACCUCUCGCAGGAGCUGAAAAAUGAGAUCUGUCACAACAUCUUGACGUUGUGCCUCAGAGAGCUGUUUGAGUUCAGAUACAUGCAGACGGACCCAAACUGGUCCAACUUCUUCUACGAUCCACAGACACACAGGGUGGCGCUGUUGGACUUUGGAGCCACACGAGGAUUUGAUCAGAGUUUCACAGAUGUCUACAUCGAGGUUAUCCGUUCAGCUGCUGAAGGCGACAGUGAGGGAGUCCUGAAGAAAUCUAUAGAGAUGAAGUUCCUAACUGGCUACGAGUCCAAGGCGAUGAUCAACGCCCACGUGGACGCGGUGAUGAUACUCGGCGAAGCCUUCGCUUCCACAGAGCCUUUCAGCUUUGGUUGUCAGUCGACCACAAAGAGGAUCCACAACCUGAUCCCCGUGAUGCUCAAGCACCGCCUCACUCCGCCUCCGGAGGAAACGUACUCGCUGCACCGCAAGAUGGGCGGUUCUUUCCUCAUCUGCUCCCGUCUGAACGCACAGUUGCCCUGUAAGGAGAUGUUCCAGUCGGCGUAUCAGAAGUACUGGGAGGGCCGCACGCCACCCUCUCAGCCGGCGUAAGCCGCUCUCAGGUGUCAGGAUGUUUGAUGGACAGGUCCUGGGGCCAACGGCAAAGUGCCCAUCCAUGUUAAGGUCAGUCAGGUGUAAAGAUGCAGGAGUGCAGAGUGGAGGCCAUGUUAUUUUCUUCUUAAGCUGAACACCAGCUCAUCUUUUCCAUUUUUCCACUUGAACAUAUUUACAGCUGCCACUUCUGAAAAGGAGAGAGUGACAAUAUGGCAUGUGGAGGCCAAGCUCUUACCCUGUGUAUGGCCCUGAGAACACAGACUGAUAAAGAGGGUGGGUGUGGAUAUAAGAAGAGAGCAACAAUCUUGUUAAGGUGUAAAAUGAAUGUAAAAUGGUUUGUUGUUU